AUGCCCAGAGCAUCCCGAAAGAAGACUUUGCAACACGAGCAAGACCAAGAGAAAGAACCUGUUGAUUCUUCUUCACAGGUAAUUGAUGAGCCCGAACAACAGAUUUUGAAAAAACAACUUUCUAAAAAAGAAAAACAAGCCUUACGAAGAGAAAAACGUAAAAACAAACAAUCAAAAAAGGCUACAUCAUCAACCACUCCUCAUGAAAAUUCUUCAAGUGAUUCAGAAGGAAGCAAUAGCGAUGAUAGCAGUGAAGAUGUUGAAUCACAACAACACAUUGCAUCCAAAAAGAAGCCUUCCAAUGUCUCUCUUGUACCAUUUGAAAAUCGAUCGGAAAAACAAAAAGCUCAAUUGACGCUACAAAAGAAAGUAGUUUCCGAACACAAGAAUAUCAAAGUAGAUCCAAACGAGAGAGAUAUAUCAUCUUCAUUGGCUACAGUUCGGUUUUUAAGAAAUAAUGAAAAGGGACUUGAAAAACUUGUUUCUAAUUAUCAUCUCAAAGUGAAAAAACAUUCACAUUUCUCAAAUUUAAUUUCACUUAAAUAUGACAUGUUGAAGAGUCCAUUUUCCACUGAAAUUGUUCAAGAAUGUAGAGGACUAGUUUUGGAUCGAGAUCGAAAUUAUAAGGUUGUGUGUUAUCCUUUCAAAAAGUUUUUCAAUUAUGGAGAAAAAUAUAAUGCAUCAAAGGAUAUUAAUUGGAAAGAAGCAAAAGUGUAUGAAAAAGUAGAUGGAUCUCUAUGUACUUUAUAUUACUAUGGUGACAUGUGGUGGAUCUCAACAACUGGAACUGCUAGUGGUAAUGGAUAUCUUCACAAAAAGAACAAGACAUUUGAUAAAGUGUUUUGGGAAAUUUGGUAUCAAUUGCAAUACAAGUUUCCAGAUCCAUCCCUCAACAAAAUAUACAUGUUUGAAUUAUUCACAAAGGAACAUGAAAUUAUUGUUAAACCCGAUAGAGAUCGAAUUAUUUUGUUAGGAGUUAGAGAUAUGAAUACACUAAAGGAGGAAGAUCCUCAACCUCAUGCUGAGAAAAUGGGUUGGGAAUGUGUUGCAAUGUAUCCAUUGCUUUCAUCAAUAGGCAAAGUUUUUGAUGCUGCUAAAAAUUUGGAUCCUUCACAACACGAAGGAUUUGUGAUUUGUGAUAAUAAUUUCAAUAGAAUCAAAAUCAAGAGUCCACGAUAUGUUGCAUUGUCACACUUGCUUUCAAUGGAUGGAGAAGGAGAUGGAGGAGAAGCUGAUUCAAAAUCAGAAGCAAUUUUGGAAGAUAAUCAAGAAAAUUCACCUACUCGAAAGAGAAAAAUGUUGCAAAUUGUGAGAAAUAAUGAGUCCUCUGAGUUUUUGGCUUAUUACCCAAAUUUAGAAGAAAUUCAUAACAUUGUUCGCGGUGAAUACAAUCAGCUGUUGAAAUUGACAAAACACAUUGCUACUGACAUCAAAACCAAGUAUUACAGCAAUAAUGAAGAGGAAAAAUCAAACAAGGAUGCCAUUUUGAAUUUCAUACAAAGAAAAUGUCAAACUGACUAUUGCUCUGAAUUUAUUUCCAUUCUGGCUGUGAAUGUUCCAGCAGAUAAAUCUGAAGAAUUGGAGAAGGAAAUGAAAUCGAGUAAGAAAUUUGCAAAAAUUAUCAAACACACUUUACUCAUUGCAGUGUAUCAAGAGCUGUUUGGACAAAAAUCGUGUGAACAAAUUUACAAGGACGUAGAACUGGGCACUUUGUUCGAGUUGAUGAAUUUUGCAAGUUCUAUUUAA